UUUCCCCCCUUUUUUAAAUUCAAUCCAAAGUCUCCAAAGGCGACAUAGAAAAAUCUGAUGAUGGCAUUAUAUGAUAUUAUUGAAUUUCAUUAUGCGUUGUGUUCGUGACCUGCUCAUCCUGUCUGCAGGAGGGAGCUGCUGACGCCAGCUGACAGCAGCAGGGUCGGGCUGGAAAGACAUAAAAGGUGGAUGGAGUCCUCGUUUCAUCCGAACCACUGAGUGUUACACACACCAGCCAACUUGUGCCGCUGACUUCAGAGUGGAACAGACGGGACAGUCACAUCAAAGAUGCAGAGGUGCUUUGGGAUUUUUUGCGUGUCGCUCAUCUUUUGCGCAACUCUGUCAGAGACCAUCGGCUUGGUCAUUGCGGCGAAGGAGAAACGUGGUUGGACACUGAACAGCGCUGGCUACCUGUUAGGUCCCCGUCGUAUUGAUCACCUUAUUCAGAUAAAGGAUUCUCCCAGUGCAAGAGGCAGAGACGAGCUGGUCAAUCAAUAUGGCAUAGAUGGACACAGGACACUUGGAGACAAGCCAGGUCUGGCUGGCAAGAGGGACAUGGGCCAGGAGGAGGACUUCAGAACAGGUGCCCUGAGAAUAGCAGAUGGCGACAUCAUCCACACUGUCAUUGACUUCCUGUCGUACCUAAAGCUUAAAGAGAUGGGAGCCUUGGACAACAUGCCUUCUUCUGUGACAUCAGACGAACUGGCCAAUCCUUAAUGCAUCUGCGUCUCUGCAGUUCAUCUCCAUCUACCCAAGUCUGUUUCUGCUGUCUGGACCUCCCUUUAUCCUAAAUGUUACCUUACUGUAGUUCCAUUCACACUCUGACACUGGAUUUGUCCUGGUACCAAAGAUCUGAUCCUUUAACUCUUUGAGAUCGAUUGUUCCCCGAUACAAACAUCAGAUCUUUCUGCUCCUGUGUAAAUAAACUUUAUAUCCACCAAAGGUCAGUGAGUGUCUGCAGACUGUAGUUGGAUGUUGGUAACAGGGACCUCUGUUCAGAAACCAACACUGUAUUAUCAUCUUAAUAUACUAUUAUCUGAUUUCAGAGGAUGGAGUGAAAUAAAUAAACAAAUGG